AUGGAUAUGAGUUCUUUGGGCCGCUUGAAAGAAGAGGUCGGAUGGCAUGGUAUUUCCGGCCUGUUCAGCACCGAGGCAACGCUAUGGAUGCUAGGAUAUUACCUUUUCAGUCUUGUGCUCCAGACUAUCUUACCGGGGCAAGAGGUUCAGGGCGUGGAGUUGGCAUCGGGAGGAAGGCUAGACUACAAGUUCAAUGCUUUUCCUUCCGCUCUCAUUGUACUUGGAGCAGCAGGCAUUGGGACCAUGCUGCAAGGGGCUGACUUUGCUCUGUGGACUUUUAUAUGGGACAAUUACGUACGACUCAUUACCGCCAAUCUAGGCGUUGCCUUCGCCGUCGCUACCUUCGUCUAUGUGCGAAGCUACCAGGUCCAAAAAGGCAACCAGGAUAAGCGCGAAUUGUCGCUUGGUGGACACACUGGCAACAUAAUCUAUGAUUGGUUUAUGGGACGAGAGCUUAACCCCCGUGUGAACCUACCGCUGUUCGGGUCCAUUGAUGUCAAGAUCUUUUGCGAACUUCGACCUGGCUUGCUCGGAUGGCUUCUCCUCGACUUGGCUUUCAUAGCACAUCAAUACAAAGCUUAUGGUAAAAUUACAGACAGCAUCGUUUUCAUUACCCUGUUUCAAGGAUUGUAUGUGAUCGAUGCGCUGUAUUACGAGACCUCCAUCCUAAGCACCAUCGACGUGAUCACAGACGGAUUUGGCUUUAUGUUGGCCUUUGGUGAUGUGGUAUGGCUACCAUUCACAUACUCUUUGCAGACACGAUACCUUGCUGUCUACCCCCUCGACAUGGGGAUCCCAGGUACAGCCGGAUGUAUAGCCGUGGUCGGAUUUGGCUACUGGAUCUUCCGUAGUGCGAAUAAUGAAAAGGCUCGCUUCCGAGAGAAUCCAAAAGACCCAAGGAUAGCACACCUCAAAUACAUCCAGACCAAGACUGGUAGCAAACUGCUCACGUCUGGAUGGUGGGGAACUGCUCGACACAUCAAUUAUCUGGGCGACUGGAUCAUGGGAUGGUCGUACUGUCUACCCACUGGGAUUGCAGGAUACUAUAUUGAGCGCUCACAACUCGCUGCUGCCACUAAUUUCGAUCCGGACGUCGUGCAAGGGAAGGCGAAAGGCUGGGGUAUGAUCUUCACGUAUUUCUACAUCCUGUACUUUGCAAUCUUGCUCAUUCAUCGCGAGAGGAGGGAUGAUGAGAAGUGUGCAAGGAAGUACGGCAAGGAUUGGGAGGAGUACAAGAAGCAAAGAAUUGCCCAAGAAAUUGAAGUGGUUGAAGAUGAAUGA